AACAUACACGAGUGUUUGAGGAAGUGUGUGUGUAUGUGUGUGCAGGAAAGCACAGAUGAAUGGCUGCAAGAAGCAAAGUGUGCAUAUGUUUUGGUGCUUUGAUCCUCUGAGCUCCGUUUGGAAACCUGUUUGCUGUUUGUUGUCUUUGUUUAUUAGGAACCAGACGAGCCAGUUGGAAUCUGCAUGAUAAAAUAUAUAUAUAGAUUCAGCAUUUGGCAGCUAAAUGCAUUACCAUUCACUGGAGAUCUAGUAUUAUGCCAACUCUUUCACACUGGUGAAUUGAGCUCUUGAAUUAUUUAACACUUGAUAAGGCCUACUAUGAUAUCAAAGGGAAAAUUCAAGAUUUUUACAUGAAAUUUGAUUUGUGGAAACAUUAGAGACUAUUUCAAAAAGAAAUUCUCAAUAUCUUAAAGGUCCAGUGUGUAGGAUUCAGGGAGAUGCACUGGCAGAAAUGGAAUAUGAUGUUUUCUUUAGUGCAUAACCACCUGAAAUAAGAAUAAUGGUGUCUUCAUUCCCUUUGAAUGAGCCAUUUUAUCUACACAGGAAAUGGAUCCUUGUUUUCAGAGAUCUCCAUGUUUCUACAGUAGCUUAAAAGAGACGAAUCAUGUACUGGCUCCGGAUGGGGCUAUUUGUGUUUUUGCGUCAGCCCCUCUGUGACGAGGGCGUCUGAAACAAAGAUCUUUUAACGUGAAACUGCUAUAUUCAGUGUUUUCACUGGUUUAAAUCACCUGGUCUGUUUGUUUCAGAGAGGGAGAGACCUCUGUGGAUAAUUCAGCUCCCGGUAAAAACCACUUGUAUAACAGCAAUGUCAAACCUGUUCCGCUGUACGGUUCUGAGAGUUGGUGAGUGGUCAAAACAGACGUGAUGAGAAUCUGUGUCAUAAUGGAUGCCUUAGACAAAUAUGCCAGAUCUUAUCGCCAAACAAAAUCUCCAACCCUUAACGUCACACACAGACAUUUGAGAUGGCGAGGCCACGUGCUAAGAAUGGAACAGGGAUGCAUAAUGAGAGUCGACUUAAGAUGAAUGCCACCAGGCGAAAGAAAAGACCAGUCACCUGGCGCAGACCUGUGACACUGGAGUUGGAAAAGAUGACAUACUGCCAAGGAUCGAAUGCAAUGGAAAGAGCUCAUUGAAGCCUUACGUACCGUAGGGGAUGAAGAGGAGUAAGUAAGUGAGUAAAAACCUCCUGAACAGUGAACACUAAAGAAAUUGUAACGGGGAGAAGUUUCUGGUUGCAAUCUGCAGUCCUCACUGCUAGACGCCACUAAAUCCCCCUAAAAUCAUACAAAGUGUUCCUUUAAUAUACAGACCGUAGUCUAAACCUCAUUUUUAGUGUGUAUCUUGGUAUGAUAAGUUGUUUUUGUGCGUACCCAUCUUCAGGUUCCCUUGCCAUGUAAGUGUAAUGAUGAUUAGGCAUUGUCUCUGUUAGUCUAAGUCGGGGGAAAAAGAGGAAAGAGGCUCUGAAAAGAGGGAAGAAGUUGAAAGAUGAGUGCAAAAAUAGUUAACAGAGUGUAAACCACUCUCAAGGGAGAGACAGACAGAGUGUGCAUUUGUAUGUGUGUGCGAGAGAGAGAGACUGUGUGUGUGCGCGCGUGUGUGUGAGGUCUGCGCAGGGAGACGGAGCUUGCCGUCUGGAAAACAGCAUCUUUCCCUCCACUCUGCUCCUCCCCUCUUCCCUCUCGGCAUCUCUCCCACGCUCCAGAGCUCAGCCUUCAGCUCCCCAGGAUCCUCCCAAAUUCUCCCGAGCUUCAGGGGGCUAUGGAUGGACUGCGUUUACCUCCACUCAUCGAGGAGGCUUUGGACUCUACAGAUGACCCGUGCGAUCUGAAAGCAGAGUGCAGCCCCACCAUGGACAACGAGAUAACGGCGAAGGAGAGAGGCGUUCUGGAGGAGAACAACGAGAAGGAGGAGAUGGACCAGGAGAGAGCUCAGGAGGAGGAAGGGGAGGAGGAGAAGAAGCUGAAGGAGGAGGAAGGCGAAGGGGAGGAGAAGAGGAAGAAGGAGCAGGAGCCCCUGACGGAGGAGCAGGAGCUGGAGGAGCUGAGGGCCCAGGUGCUGCAGCUGCUGCUGGAGCUGGACGACGCCAGAGAGACCUCCAACAAACACCAGGAGAGCUUCCACGAGCUGCAAGGUCUGCUGGAGGAUGAGCGUCUAGCCAGUGCCCAUCAGGCUGAAGCCUUCACACGGCAGAUCCAGAAUCUACAAGCCCAGCUGCGUUCUGUGCAGGAGGAGAUGGACAGCCUGGAGGAGGAGAAGGAGAGCGAGCUGGCGGAGGCCCAGGAGGAGCUGCGCGUCGCCCAGGAGGAGGUGCUCCUGCUCCAGCAGGCGGCAGAGGAGGCGGCGGCAGAGAGGGAGAACGACAUCGCAUCCCUGCAGGAGGAGCUGUGUCGCCGGCGGGCCGAGCUGCAGCGCCUCAGCGAUGAGACCCAGGAGUACGAGCUGGAAAUCACCACGCUGAGAGCCGAGAUCAGCAUGAAGAGCCAGCGCAGGGAGGUGGAGAGAAGAGAGGGUGACGUGGACCUGCUGAAGGAGGAGUGCCGUAUGCUGAGGGAGGAGUGUCAGACCCUGAAGGAGGACAACAGACGUCUCUCUGAGAGGCUGCAGCUGCUGCAGAGACAGAGGACAUGCUCCAGUGUCUACCUGUCACUGAAAGAAGAGGACGGAGGGGAGGGAACAGAGGGGAAGGAGAUGGAGACCGGCUCGGAUGAGGUCAUGACAGAGAGCUACAUGACCAUGGCUCAGUCUGGGAACUGUCGCCUGGUGGACGCCUCCAUCCAGAAGAAUAUCUCAUUCGAUGGGAAGCCAAUGACCCCAACUAGCUGGAACGGAGGCAUGGGUGAGAUCUUCUCCCUGAGGGACCAGCUCAAACAGGCGGAGGAGAAGGCCUCACAGGUUCAGAGAGAGUGUGACGGGCUGAAGAUGGAGCUGCAGGAGCUGCAGGUACUGUAUGACAGCAGUCAGAGGGAGAGAGCGGAGCUGGAGGAGGAGCUGCUGCGCUGCAAGGCAGAGCUGGAGAAGCUGUCAGGGGGGGCUCAGAUAUUCAUCCAUCCGUCUGAGCACCCUGUUCUCUCCAUCCCCUUCAUAGGAAUGAUUGUAAUAUUGGCUGUGAUCUGGUGCUGGUUGUCGGAGCUGGCGUCCCAGAGGGCAAGGGGAGUGAGGUAGGUUGGAACUCCAUUUUGACUAUCACUGCAGCCACAGCAGUGUUACUAAUGAUGACUAGCUUGUUGAGAGCUCUCGUCCGAUGUUGAUUGGAUGGGCAACAACUGCACAGGGACAGACGUCUGCUUCAGACCAGCCCUCCUUCUCUCCUGCCAUGUCAAUAGACCGAACUGGAAUUCUCUAAAUGUGAUAGAGCUGACAGCUGUGUAGUGGAAAAUGUAUGCUAAUGAGGAAGGUACUUCAUGCACUGAGAGCGGCGCGCUCGGUCUCAUCUGAGAUUGAGGAUGAGGAUGAGUUGACCUGCAGAGAGCCCACAUGAGGACUGAUCUCACUCCACUAUAUGUAUGCUAGUGUUGUGUCACUCCUCCUCUGUGUCUGUGAAUAUUAUUUUUCUCUUGUUUAGCUAACAAUGUGAUAAAAAUGAAGGUUUUGAUUAAAUGUGCACCAAAUGGUUUUCAGUUUAUUUAACCAUUAUUUAUUUGUUUGUUUAAAUAUUGUUCAUAGUUGUCUCUGAAAAUAAUGACCAACAUGGAGUGUGAACAUUUAAUGCACUGAAGGCAAUGCAGUUUGCAUUUGUUUCUUAGUAAGUUGACUUUUAAUUAUUUGUUGCUUCCCUGCGAUUAGACCUCGGGAAAAGCAGGGACAAAAGUAUGACCUUUUAGUAUUUCCCUCUUUGCACAGAGAUGCAUUUUUAGAGUAGCCUAACCAUAUUUUAUUGUGAAUAACAAACAUGUCCUCUACCAGUACCGUCCAUUUUUUUUUACAUCUUUGAUGAAUGAGUCAGACGCAAUCAGACCAAGAAUUCAUGUUGCACAUUGCUACUCUGCCCCUCUCUGCCAGAAUGAAAGAAAUUGUAACUGUAAAUCAACCACAUAACAAUUACCUAAUAUUUCUGGCAUAUACAGCUCUUUAAUUCCUCAGUAAGUCCUCCAAACAAGUGACUGUGUUCCUCUCAAACCAUUUUAUCAUGAUUAAUGUCGCCAUAGUAUGAAAUUUGUCCAAUGCGUCGAAUUUAUCGUAGUGAAUAAUCACUAUUUUCUCUUAUAAAUAAGUGGGUCAGCAUAAGAUGUUUAAACCAUCCAAAUCCUCACCCAUCAUGCGCACUCAAAACUCCAAAUCAUGUGUGUUCCUCGCUUUUUCAUUUAGUACAUUUGCAUGCACAGGUAUGUCGAGCUACGGUUAUAGCUCGACUGGGCCAUUUAAUUGGUCUACUGUUCUCGUCCCAGUAGUCCCAGUAUACAAGCACAGGAGGGGUAUAGAUUUAUUUACCAAGGAAGGUAUGUCCGACUUCUCUAUAGUAGGUGGUGUUAUGUCCCCUUUCAGCUUGUUAGUGUCAGACCUUUUUCCAGUUGACCAAUUAGGUCACAGAUCAAACAAUCAGAAAACAUUAGUUACGGUAAGCUAGCCGCUAACUGGUACUAUGGAGGACAAUUCUAUAGCUUUGCACAUUUUGUGUGUGCUGUAAGCUUUAAUUUUAAACAGAUGAGAUGCACGCUGGAUGUAGAUUUCGCCAUGUUAAUUCCAGCUUUGGGGGGGGGGGGGGGGGGGGGUUUAAACUGUGGGCAGAGCGCCUAGGCCAGUUUGGGUCCGAUUAAGUGUAUACAUGCAGGAGUAAUUUGACUCCCAAUUGCACGAUCGAAAUUUGAUUUAGUACGACAAGAUAGAUCAAUAGACAGGUACUUUAUUAAUCAAAACAGGGAUCCGAGGGGAAAUUAAGGAAUAUUUUAGUCUGACUAACACAAUUAAUCAGUUUUCUCUAAUGUCAUGUAAACGUACUGAUAAAGGGGCUGUACACAUGCCGCGUUUUUUGUGCUCUCAAAUUCAUUGUUUUCAAUGUAGACGCGUGGCAGGCGCACUCAAAUGCCAGAGCAAUGCCAGAACAGUGCACACGCAUUCCCAACAGCCUAUUUUUCAGGCCACGAUGGCUGCACCCCGAGAUAAACAGUUCAACUUUUGGAACAUGUGCAAAGGACCAACCAAUCCCAGCUGACCAAUAUCUUUCCCCUUUUCUGUAAAUAUCAGUCUGAUAAAUACGGAAAAGUUGAUCAUUAAGUGCAGAGCUGUCAGACCUUUUCAUUUGUCCCACGGACGAUACGCCCUCACACUUAUAAAGGUAAAUAAUCUACGACGAUACAGUACUUGUUGAGGUUGCUUAUCAACCUCAGGAGCAACCUGCCGCCACGUUCUUGAAAGCUGGCUCAAAAAUGGCACAAAAGUAGGGCCCAGCACACGACCUUUCAGUUCCAAGCAGUGAAUGACGCAGCAUUUGUACGGCCCCUAACAGCAAGGACAGUCUACACAAACCGACCAGUAACGCCAUGUUACUUUCAUCCCUCACCUUUCUCCGUCAACUUGACCCUGGCUAGCACCAAAGAUAGGCUAGCAUGAUAAACCUUCACUGAUGGUUAUAGAUAGGACUAACAGAUGAUAUAGAUUUACUGUCUUCAACAAAUAAAAACUGCCUUAGUUUUUACUUAAUGAGUGAAAAAUCAGUUUUAAUACUGUCACUCAGCCAGAACUGAUUGGAUUGGACUGGUUUUCGGCUGCUUACUCAAUAGCAGGGUGUACUUCCUGUGCACUAGCUCCUGACUUUUCUAUUACAAGAGAAAAGGUCUUUGUAGCAGCAGCCUCCCUGAUGCUUUUGUCCCUGUUCUCCCCUGCUACAAUUAAAUUCUACAUACUGCACAACUGGAUUAAAUUACAUAAAAAUGAAUACCAUCACCAACUAUCCUGCCACUCCCCCCCCCCCCCGUGGGUGGAUCCAGCUCUUCUUCACAGUGUCGUUCGGUUCUGUGCUUUGCUCCAGGCUCUGUCACUUCCUCCUGUCUCUCAUCCGUCUUGUGUCUGACUCUGAAAUCAAACGACUCCCACCUUCCUCUUUAAUUAUCAGUUAACCAAGAUGCCGGAAAAUCAGCACAGUUCAUCCUACCUGCCCACAGCUCACUUUGAAAAUCUGAAAUCUAAACACCCACAGCUGCAUUGUUACACUUAACAAUAUGGUUUGCUGUAGUUGUGUUAUGUGCUUGUGAAGGUAGCUCAGCAACUUUGGGAACAAAUUGUAGGAUAAUUGAGGUCUAGUCUGUUUUUUAACAUUUAAAUGUGGGGAAAUAAACGUUUGUUCCUCUCUGGCAGGAUUUUAACGGCUAGUGUAUCUUUAGAUUUACGGUGAUCGCAGGUUGUUUCAGGUACGCAGUGUGAGAAUGUUGACUGCCAGCGUUCCCUUGUUUACUGACAACACUCUUCAUAUGACAAACUGCAGAUCUGAUAAACACCAUUUGACAUCUGGUCACACUUUGAUUAAACCACUGAUCAGUCUUAAGUGAAAGAUCAGAGUUGUGUGAAAUCGAUAUGGAUCCAAAACAUGUAAAUAAGAAGCUGUCAGAAAAAGUUUGUUUAAGCAUUAAUUACAAAAAAUGUCUGUAUAUGUGGAAGGACUCUGAUUAUUGUUUACAUUUGUGAGAUGUUUUUUUGUGAAGAAAAGCAUGCUAGAAAAACACAUAGAAGCACAAUAUAUAAGUUAUGUUGAUUCUUUGUAUUUCAUGUAAAUAGCUCCGACACAAAGUACUAUGGGAGAGAAAUUUCUUAAAUCCAUUUGUACUAGCUUUGUAGAAAGUUUAUCUAUUUUGAAAGAGCAUCGUAUAUUUGAUAGCCAAAUUAUAUGCCGUGUAAAUGUUUAUUUAUGGUGACGUUAUUCAGAAGGAACUGCUCGCAUCGCUGAUCAUUCCCAGUACCUCUUUGGCGCAGUCAUCGCAUGCAUUCAGACUGCAUUUGACCUUAGUUGCUAGAUAGAGCAAUAUGACUCAUUAAUUUUCAGAGAUGUAUUCAGAUCUUCUUUCUGAAACAUUUGUCAUUAAACAGAACCUUGAUAAGCAACGUCUGACUGAUGUUAUUUCUACAUUUGUAAACACAUAGAGGGACGUGAUGUGCCACUGGACUGCAAAUGUCUGUUUUAAAUCUGAUCUGGUUGCAAUAGAAAUUAAAUCCCUGUUGACUGCAAUGGUACACAUGAAUGUCGUCUCAUUCAGAUCAUUAUCUUUUAUUAUUUCCUGAAUAUUUACUUCAUCACAGCUCCACAAGCUUCUCUAUUGCACUGUUGUUCUCAGCUUGUUGCUUUACAUGUUGACAGCAUUGUUGUUUUCGAUAUAGUUGUGGCUAUUUUGUUACCUGGAGGUCUAUUUUGUACUGUAAAUGACUUGAGAAAAUAAAUAUACCCGCCCCACAUGAUGUCUGAGCGCUU